AUGGCGGCGGGCGGCAGCCCCGGUCCCGGUUCCGGUCCCUCAGCGGGCCCCGGAGGGGCGGGAGGAGGAGGCGGCCCCGGGUCCCGGCGGGGGAGCGCGUCCCGCGGUGCGGAAGCGGAGGUUUGGAGCCGGAGGGUGCGGGACGUGGUGAGCGCGGCCCCCGGGAACCGGCGCUGCUUCGAGUGCGGGCAGCGCGGCGUCACCUACGUGGACAUCACCGUGGGCAGCCUCGUGUGCACCGGCUGCUCCGGCGCGCUGCGGGGGCUGAACCCCCCCCACCGUGUCAAGUCCAUUUCCAUGACGACCUUCACUGAGGCUGAGGUCCUGUUCCUGCAAGCCCACGGCAAUGAGGCCUGCCACCGUGUCUGGCUCGGCUCCUUCGACCCCCGCUCCUCACCUCAUCCAGACGUCCGCGACCCCCAGAGCCUGAAGGAAUUCCUGCAGGAUAAAUACGAGAGGAAGCGUUGGUACGUGGCACCAGAAGCCCCCAAACCCCCCCCAAGCGCCGUGGUUUCCUCCCAGCCACUCCUCGGGGAUGUAGGGACACUGCAGCAGCCCCAUCCUGCCCUGCAGCGCCCCCCCCAGCGGACCCGGAAAGCCAGCACCGACCUUUUAGCUGACAUCGGGGGGGACCCAUUUGCCACCCCACAACCAGCACCCCCUUCUGCCGCCUUCCCUGGUGAUGUCGAUGCCUUCGGAGCUGGCCCCGCAAUUCUGGGAGCCAUAAGUACAUGGGGGGGAUGACCCCCACCAUGGCUGUGUCUGUUCCUCCCACCCACAGGGGGCAGUGCUGCAGGGGGCGAAGUCGCCUCUGCCCCGCCCACAGGGGGCGGAGCUUCAGUCAGCGUCUUCGGGACCCUGCACACCCCCCUGCUACCCUAUGGGGGCUACACCAACCCCUUUGUGGCCCCCCCCCGGCCCUGCACCAACCCCUUCCAGAGCGAUGGUGCUGCUUUGGCCGCCCCCCCACUUCCCAGUGCAUUCCCCCCGCCGCUGCAGGCUGAUGGUUCAGCCUUCCGUGGCUUCAACGGUGUCAAAGCCUCAACCAACCCCUUCGUGAUGGUCCCGGCUGCCCCCAUUGGCACUAAGCACCCGGCCACCAACCCGUUCCUGUAGCUGCUACUGCCGCGGUUCGGGGAACA